AUGGAUGAUCCGGUCGUGUGCCUCGAGUUUUUCAGCGGAAUCGGCGGCCUGCACUAUGGCUUUGAGCAGAGCGGCAUACCAGGCACCGUUGCCAUGGCGUUUGACAUGAAUGAGAACGCCAACACAGUGUACGAGCACAAUUUUGGUCUCCGUCCAAACAACCGCGCAAUCGAUUAUCUGGAGACCGCCGAUAUCGACAAGUACAGCGCAAACUGCUGGCUCCUGAGCCCACCGUGCCAGCCGUACACACGUGGGGGCAAGUAUCUGGAUGAUGAAGACGAUCGGGCACGCGGGUUGAUUCACCUGAUCGAGAUGCUGCCCAAGCUACGGAACGUGCCCCGGUACGUGUUUCUGGAGAAUGUGAUGAACUUUGAAAACUCCCAGUCUAGGACCAGGCUGGUGGAGACGCUAGGGACGCUUGGGUUUGAGGUUAACGAGUGUCUGGUUUCGCCAGUGCAGAUGGGGGUGCCGAAUAACCGGCUCAGAUAUUUUUUGAUCGCACAGCGGCGGUGGGCAGCGGACGACGUGGAGAAUGCAGCUCGGACUACCAAGUAUCUUGCCAGGGGCGCCGAUGCUGUGCAUAAGGACUGGCCGUUUGGACCGGCAGUCAAGUCUAUAGACGCUGUCUGUGCCAUUCCGCUCAGCUCGUAUAUUGACGCGAGCCUGGAUGCUGUUGAGUCUCUCAGGGUGCCUCAGUCGGCGAUCUUGAAGCGGCAGCGGCUGGAAUUCGACAUUGUCAGGGCGUCGUCUGCACAGACGUCGACGUUUACCAAGUCGUAUGGGUCACGGAACCUGAUCGGAUCCGGGUCGCUGCUGCAGACGAGGAACCUGGACGUGGUGGAGAAUGGAUUUGGAGCUCCCGAGCGGCUGCUUGAUUUGGGGAUCCGGUUCUUCUCACCCAAGGAGGUUGCGCUGCUGCAUCACUUCCCGUACCGCGCGGCGGAUUCGCCUGUGGCCGAUGGCAGGCAUUACCUGGGAUUCCCAGCGUCGCUCACGCAGCGGCAGCAGCUGCAGCUCCUUGGCAACAGCCUCAACGUCAAGGUGGUCGCUGAGCUCAUCAGGCACAUACUGUUUGCGUAG